CUUUCUUUUGUUCACACAUCAGGUUGUUCCUUCAUUAUAUCUUCAACAUCAGAAAUUGAAAGCUUCAAAGCCACGGAUUUGAGUCCUAAGGAGGGAAUCGAGAGGAAGAAAGCCACCCCGCCAGCGAAAGAUCUGCUUGUAAAAGGGAUUGAUCUUCUUCCGUAGGAAGUUACCAUCGAUAUUCUAUUGAGAUUACCCAUGGAUGCCGAAGAGGGAAGAGAGAAGAAAAGAGCCAACCUUGCAGAUGAUACUUCCAGUAGAGUGAUGGUCCGGAGAGAUCUUCAUCGUCUACCACCGGAGAUGCUGCUCGAAAUCCUAUCAAGACUCCCGAUCACCUCUCUGAUCCACUUCAAGACCACUUCCCAUGCCGGCUAUGAUUUAAUCGCCGAUCGAAGGCUCCCUCCGAUGUUCCGUAAUCGGGUAAGCGACUCAGACCCAUGUCUGAUUCUGUUCGACUACAAUUCCCCUAUCCCCCGGCAACUCUACUUUUUGGAUACUGAAGGUUGUAGUAGAGGGGUUAGAAAAAUCGAUCCACCACAGCAUUUGGCAGUUGAUAAUCUGGUGGGUUCUUGUAACGGCCUGUUAUGCUUAUCCUUUCGGAUAAUCGUUGGUCGAUCGGUGUCUCGCAGUCUGCUAAUUUACAAUCCUUUUGUUAGAGACGCUGUGAGAGUCCCACCAGCGAACCGAUUUCUGAAGCAAAGGGAAGUUUUUGGAUUUGGGUUUCAUCCGAGGACGGAAGAAUUCAAAGUGGUCAGGAUUGUGUGCUACGAGAAUGACACCGAGGAUGAAUCAAUGGUUCAGUUUUUAGUUUGUGUUGAAUCUUUGAUCAUCAAUACAUCAGUAACAGUUGUGUUAUUUACACCAUCAUGGGUGACUGCUGUGGUAUGGCAAUGAGAUCCACCUGACUAUUAUCUGCCUUUUUCUCGAAAAGUAGUUCUGAAGAACGGAAGAUUAGUGUCAUAAUGCUCCUCUUGGAAUGGUGACUGAAGAUUUUGCUUUGAGCUAGGUGGGAUGAUUCAUAAGAGUUUUAUGCGUCCUGAAGAACAGGAAGAUUGUGUUGGAGUGUAACAAGAAAGCUCUGGUUUCUUAUGAUCCUAAAACUAACAGGUUCAAGGCUCUAAAGAUCAACCGGCUCCCAUACCAGUUCUAAGCUUUUGCUUUCCAGCAUACUCUGUUCUCAGUAAAGGAAACCUUUCAAAUGAAGGUUUAAUAUAGUCUUCACAACUCUUCUUUUGUGUAUGAACAUAUAAUGUUCUCUGCUUUAGUCACCUUCCAUUGUUUCUAUAGUGAUUAAUUAAUCAUGUUUUAUACU